AUGCUGAAUGAAAAAGCGCCGCAACGCGCUUCGACCAAUGGCGAGAUCUCUGAACCAAGCAAAGCACCAGGGACGUCGCCACCAGCAUCAUUCAAGGACCGAUUGACCAAAUACGCGUAUACCGAGGCAGACGUGCCAUCGAAAGAGGUGUCAUCAUCGUCAAAUCGCCGCCAAGCAAAAAAGCGCACCAGAACGGCCGCUACAGCAGGUGUAAGCAGCGCCCCUGAACCUGAUGGACGACCGAAGAAGAAGCGCCAAGGCAGUAAAUAUGCAGCCCCAUCAAAAUAUGCUCACCUGUCACCGCUUGUUGACAUACUUGAGCCAAAUCUGGUGUGCGUGUUCGUCGGCACGAAUCCUGGUGUUCAGACGGCAACUGCUGGACAUGCCUAUGCACACCCAUCCAACCACUUCUGGAAGUUGCUCCAUUCUUCAGGCCUGACGGACCGCCGAUUAAAACCAGAAGAAGACCGUAGCCUUCCAGCCCUGUUCUGCAUGGGCAACACAAACAUUGUGGAACGGCCAUCCAAGGACGCAGCUGAGCUCUCCAAGGAAGAAAUGGAAGCCGGAACAGCAAAGCUUGACGAGAAAUUUCUCAAAUACAAGCCAGAAGCUGUGUGCAUAGUCGGAAAGGGCAUCUGGGAGGCGAUAUGGCGGUACCGCUAUGGCAAGAAUCCCGGGAAAAGCGAUUUCAAGUAUGGGUGGCAAAACGAGGAGCACAACAUGGGCAAGUGCGCAGAAGACGGCGAACAAGAGCUGGAUGCCAAUGGGAAUGUUUGGAAGGGGUCCCGAGUUUUUGUGACGACGAGUACGAGUGGCCUCGCAGCGAGUCUGAAGCCUGCAGAAAAGGAGGCCAUCUGGAAGCCUUUCGGAGAGUGGGUGCAGAAAAGAAGGGCUGAACGGGGGUGGGUUCCUCGACCAGUAAAGGGCGCAUCGAAUGUUGACGAGGCAAGGCGAUGUUAA